AUGUCGAAGAAAUACAAAUGCCCAUUCCCCGAAUGCACCUACGAGACAGAGGAAGUUACAGACGCGCUCGCGGCCGUCCUUCUAUCAGUGCACUCUUCGGGAGUACAUGUCACUCCAGGAACAGUGAACACGAUCAACCCCAACAGUAGCACGAAACUCGAAAGAGUACGCCGUCCGACAAUUUCGGCAGCGGGAUCGAGUGAGGAUUGGUCGUAUUUUCUAACGCGUUGGGGCGAUUAUGUUGCGGCAACUAAUGUCACCGGCAAAGAAAAGGUAAUCCAGCUCCUCGAGUGCUGCGAUGAACAACUUCGCAAAGACCUGACAAGAAACGCGGGCGGUUCCCUCACCGACAAAACCGCAGAUGAGGUCAUGGCAGCCAUAAAAAAGCUUGCAGUACGGGAGGAGAACGCAAUGGUCGCCCGUGUGCAGCUACACAACAUGCGGCAAGACCGGGAUGAGACGAUCCGUAGUUUUGGUGCCCGCCUUCGCGGCCAAGCUGGUGUUUGCAAGUUUUUAGUCACUUGCCCUGGCUGCAACAUAGAGGUCAACUAUACGGAAAACGUCCUUCGCGAUGUCCUCACACGUGGCCUGGCUGACAGCGAAAUCCAAUUAGACCUGUUGGGGGAACGAAACCAAGACAUGAGCCUUGAGGAGGUGUUCCAAUUCAUUGAGGCAAAAGAGGCCGGCAAACGGUCAGCAGGCCGCCUGUCACAAAGCCACAGUACAGACGCCGCACAAAGUCAGUAUCGUCGUGCCAAAAAUGAUGAGGUCAAGCAACGUAAGGAUGGGGACGCGAACGAACUGUGCUCUUAUUGCAACAAGAGAGGGGCAUGGCAAGAGCGCGCCGACCAGAAUCCGCCGUCAUGACUGCCCAGCUUAUGGCACCAUCUGCGACAAGUGUGGACGGCAAAACCACUUUGCCAGCGUUUGCCGCAGCAGGGGCAAAAGCAACAGGCCCCAACAGCCGCCGACACCCAUUGGCAAGAGCAGAGAAACGGAAAGCGCAAUUUUUGACUCACUUUGCACCACAACUAGCCUCAGCAGGCCAAGCAAAGGAGUCAUCUCACUCGACCACCACCUCUACUGCCACCUAACCGAUCACUGGGUUCGACAGCCAUCCAAGCCUCAACCGUUCAUAACGCUUACAGCGACAGCCCAUCCUGAAGACUACACAACCCUUGGAUACAACCCACCCAAAUCACAGUUGGCAACAGCACAACUCUCUGCUAUGGCUGACACAGGCUGCCAGAGCUGCUUGGCUAGCAUAAAAGUCAUCCGUCGCCUGGGCCUCUGUGAGAGUGACCUGAUACCCGUCACUAUGAAAAUGCACGCUGUGAACAACAAAGGGAUCAGCAUCCUGGGCGCAGUCAUCUUAAGGUUCUCGGGCAGGUCUCCAUCCGGAAAAGCCCUGGAAAGCCGACAGAUCGUAUACGUGACAAGCGACUCAGACAAACUUUUCCUCAGCCGAGAGACAUGCAUGGCACUGGGCAUUAUCACUAAGAACUUCCCCAUGUUGGGGGAGACCCUAAACACAUGCAGCUCAAUCGAGCCUGCAAUGCAACUGCACCAACCCCGUCAGACAGAGAUAUGCAAACUUCUGAGGGCUCAGACAGCCCCCCAUGCACCUGCCCGCGUCGCAUCACACCGCCACCGAAGCCCACAACCACCCCUUUCCCAGCAACAGAGAACAGUCGGAUGAAGAUGCAACAGUGGCUGCUGGACUACUACCGAACCAGCACCUUCAAUACAUGCGAGCACCAGCCGCUACCCCUAAUGGAGAGCAUCCCUAUGAGGCUAAUGGUUGACCCCAAGCAAAACCAGUCGCACACCACAACCCCAUACCAGUGCCACUUCACUGGCAAGAGGAGGUCAAGGCAGGACUCGACCAGGACGUCUCACUGGGUGUCCUCGAACCAGUGCCAGUAGGAGAACCCGUCACCUGGUGCCACCGCAUGGUUGUAUGUGCUAAAAAGAAUGGCAAGCCCCGCCGCACAGUCGAUUUCCAGGCGCUCAACCUCCACGCGACACGUGAAACCCACCACACGCAAAGCCCCUUCCACCAGGCACGUUCAAUCCCAAGCAACACCAAAAAGACCGUGUUUGACUGUUGGAAUGGUUACCACAGCGUUCCCCUCCAUGAGGACGAUCGACACCUCACCACCUUCAUCACUCCAUGGGGUCGCUACCGCUAUAAAACAGCACCUCAAGGCUACAUAG